AGUCAGAGAUCUACCGCUCUGUGACCAGAACGUGAUAGACCAGCGAGUGGUUGACUUUUACCAGAUCUUUACUGUACAAAGACACGUUGAUCACCUUGGACUCAGGAUGGCUUUCUCCAUUACAUUUGGACUGCUUUGCAUGUGCUCUAUCAUGCUGCUUUUUCUCCCUGCACAAGGGCGAUUUCAGCGUACCACAAAUGAGUCCCAAGAAGUUGGACCCAUAUCCACGGUCUGUACCAACACCUCAAAAGCCCCCAUCAACUCUACUGUCAUCAGCUGCUUUCAUCAGAAAAAGAAUGCACACAAAGAUUGUCCAAUAGAGGCGUACAUCCUUGAAACGGACGAGCAUAAGCAAUACUGUGUGGAUCCAACUGCUGAGUGGCUCCCACAGAGACUUGAGAAGUUAAAACAGAAAGGAAUAAAAUGUACAGAGCUUUAACAAAGCCUUCAAUAACCAAGAUGAGGAUGAUGCAACAUGACCUUCUGAGCAGAAUGGUGGCGCUAAUUUCUGUUAAACUUUUCUAACUUUGAUCAAAUGUUUUACUUUCUCUAUUUUUCAAUACAUAUUUACCAGUGGCUUGGCAAAAAUCUUAUAAGCAAAUUAAAAAAGAUGU